ACCGGUCACUGCUACAACUACGCUCAUAUUGCGUCUGUGCUAGGCUUAUCUGCUGUGUGUAGCAGAGCAGCUUUGAAUAAUCCAAACAACUUUACAACCACACCAAACCAAACCAUUGUUGAUGGUAGCAUUGCGCGCAACCGACCAAGCCAAAGUGACCGAAUCUAAAGUGGCCUCAGCCCUGCCUGGACAGUGAUGUACCGAAAGUGAUUCCGCAGUGAGUGCAGCAUAAACACUACACCCCAACGGGGGCAAAGGACGGACAGCAUCAUCGGCGAGGUCAUCAUCACGCUACUAGCGGACGUCGUCCGUACCCAUCAUAAUCAUAUAUACUAGCUCGUACCUCGUACCGCUGCAUCAACAAACCGCGCCCGAUCAAUUGUGUCAAAUUGUUUCUAUUUUGAGGUGUAUAUUAUUUUUAAAACUCCCCCUCGCUCGCCCUAGUCCUCUUGCGUGAGGGUUUGGGGCACGGAUUAAGCGGAAUUGCAGUCGGAAUCCGGUACGGGGCUGGUGCAGUCGAGCGUGAGGCGUGCGAGCUAGUGCGAACGUACGAGAACCGAGUGUCAUGUGGUAUGGUACGGUUGUGCUGUUCCUGUUGUGGGUGCUGGCCGAAUCCGGUUCCGGUGUGGGCGGCCUGACGCAGCUGCGCUUCCCGUACAGCACCACCAACUUCAGCCUCAGCCUGUACAAGGCGGCGUUCAAGCCGGAGCAGAACGUGGUCGUCGCACCGUUCACCCUGCAGAACAGCAUAGCGAUGCUGUACUCGAUCGCAACCGGGACAACACGUGACCGGUUGCGGGAGGUGUUCGGUCUGCCGGCCAACUUUACCGAGUUCAUCAUCAACCAGAAGCUGCUGCACUACACGCUCAGCGAUGCCGGCGGUUCGGAGGGCUUUCGCAUGAAGAACCGCAUCAUCGUGAACGGAUUCCGCGAGGUGGAUGCCCGCAUGCGGGAUAUCAUGCACGAGGACCUGGACACGGUGCUGAUGUACUUCGAUUUCGCCCAGCGCGAAGGCGUCGUGCGACGGGCCAACCACUUCCUUAGCAUGCGCACGAACGGCCUCAUCCGGGAUACGCUCUUCCUCGGCGAUGUGCCGAAGCAGCUGCAGAUGAUACAGCUGAGUGCCGGCUCGUUCCGGCCACCGUUUGCGAGCGGGUUCGAUGCGCGGGACACGAUCGCGCGCGACUUUCGGACCGGCUGGAUCGACAAGCUCUACCAAACGACGACCAUGUUCAAGGAGGGCGAUUUCCGGUUCGCCCGCAUCCCGGAGCUGGAGAUCGAGGUGCUCGAGCUGCCGUUCCAUUCGCGCAGCGAUUCGGCCCUGUGGAUUAUGCUGCCCGAUCGGGACGCCGAACUGGACCGCAUUGUGAAGGCGCUCGAGCCGGAGCACUUUGACGCGAUACAGGCGCACUUUAGCAUGAAGCGGGCCGGGAUUGUGGUGCCAGUCUUCUCGAUCAAGACGGAGUUCAAUGCGACCGACUUCCUGCGCGACACGAUCGGGCUGGACGCGCUGUUUCGGUUGCGUGAGCUGCGCUUCUUCGACGAUCACGAUUCCGCGCUGGACGGGGUGAUGCAUCGGGCCGCCAUCAGCGUGCACGAACGGUCGGCGGAAGCGGGCGGUGUCGCCACGGUGCACAGCUUCAGCAAGCGCAGUGCCCCGGCCGCCUACCAGUUCUACGUGGGACGUUCGUUUCUGUUUGCCCUGGUGAAGCGAUCCUCCAAGCAGCUCCUGUUCAUCGGUCACCUCUACAGGCCCCACGAUCUGGUGGAAGUGUGAUGUUGGCGCAGAGCGUGUGCUCGUUGACUGUGCUGGAUUUUUUAGAGAAAUAAGAGAAACACACAUACAUACACAUACACCAAACGA